AGAAUACGAAGUUUCUUCAUAUGACGGUGUCACCUGAUGACCAUUUCUUCCAUUUUCUUUAUAAAACCCCAUGCCUCCCUCCCUGCUUCCUCCAACAAUUUGACCGUUUGAAAGAUUUUAACUUCACAUCUCUGUCUUAGAUUUACAAGCUUAUCUCAAUCCGAAGCCAUGGUUGUUGGUGAAAUUCCCUACCUUAUCACUAUGGACAAGACAUCACAGUCUCCCUUGUUUUCUCUGCUCGAUUUUUUCUUCUGCGGUACAUUCUUAAACAGAAUACAGACCUUUCCCCGAAAUUUUUUGUUAUCUUUUCUAUCCCGACUUAGUUCUGUCAACCCAAAGGUAAAAGGAGAUGUACAGUUUUCAGACUCCGAGGUGAGUCUCGGAGAGAGUUCUAGCAAUGAACCCAGACAUGAUGGGAAGCUAGAAAGGGACGAAGUGAAAAUGGUGAUGGAAAAGUUGGGACUUUUUUGCAGCCCAGAAAGCGAAGAACUCGAUGAUAGGUAUGGGUCGGGUGAGAUUUCCGGGAUGUUCCAAGAGGAAGAACCAAGCUUGGAGGAGGUGAAGCAAGCUUUCGACGUGUUUGAUGAGAGCAGAGAUGGUUUCAUCGAUGGGAGGGAGCUGCAGAGGGUUCUGUGUAUUUUGGGGUUGAAGGAAGCCACGGAACUAGAGGACUGCCAGAAGAUGAUCGCCAACUUCGAUGAAAAUGGAGACGGAAGAAUAGAUUUCCAUGAAUUUGUUAGAAUUAUGGAGAACAGUUUCCAUUGAUUUAUCAUAAUUAUAUGCACUUCUUGUUAGCGUUGGUGCGUGAUCCGAUGGGAAGUUGUGCGAGCUUCUCAGCUUCGUAAUUUGUCUCUCGGAGAAUCAUGUCAAUAAAUAUUGUAUGAUGUUUUUCAUGACAUAUUAUGUCAAUUAUUAUGAUUAUAAUCAUAAUUAAUGUGAGUCCUAUGCAUUACACCAGGUCAGAAAUAUCAAUUACUUAACCACACACCAACAAAUAUGUUGGUUAUGAACGUACGUUAUA